AUGAGCGCCACCGCUGCGUCGGUGAAAAAUCGGUUGCCCCUCGUCGCACACGAGCCACAAGGCCAAGACUGUUUUGGGGAUGACCGGGAGUCGAUGAACGAUUUCGCGAAAUAUUUCAACAACUCUCAUCUCGCUGAUGUGAGCAUAUUGUGUGGAGAGGAGAGCUACCCGGCUCACCGUCUUGUCUUGGCCCGAGGGAGUGACGUCUUCGAUCGAAUGCUUACCGACGAGUGGGACGGAACGAAAAAGAUAGUUCAACUGAUCGAGGAGCCACAAUGUGUGAAAGUUUUCGCGGCUUUUCUUCGCUUUUUAUAUUGCAAUCACGUGCUGCUACACCCGGACAACACGCUGCCGAUUUUGAUUCUCGCUGAUAAAUACAAUGUUCCUUCGCUGAAAAAGGUUUGCCAAGAUUACGCCGUGAACAAAAUCCUGCCGAAUCUCAGUCUCAAAGAGAUCUACACCGAGUGGUUCAGCUAUGCGACAAGAGCUUUUCAUCCGCCACUGAUUCGCGCUUGUAUCUCAGCGAUUGGGAAAGAGUUCGAGACGGUGAUCAGUGACGAUUGGGCCGAGGAAUGGGAAAGCGCCGAUGUUGAGCAAGUCGACGAGAUCCUUCGGCACAAUUCGCUCGUCGUAAAUAACGAGUUCCAAGUUUGGUCAGCGGUGCUGCGGUGGUUGAACGCGCCGAGUCAUCCACAACGACGAGAGCCAGCUCAAGCGACGAAACUCUUGUCCACCCUAUUGCCCCUAAUACGUUUUCCAUUCAUGUCCGGUGAGGAGUUGGUCGACGUCGAAAUGGCGAAUAUUCCUGAAACGGCGAAAGCUGUCCUCAUGCCGCAUGUCUAUCAAGCGUACAAAUAUCAAACAUUGCCACUUUCGAGACGAGUCGGAGCUAUAGAAUUCACGGGUUGCCAAUUUCUCCUUCGUUGCUACUCGGAGGUUCGAUGGAGUGCUCGGUUGAUUCUCUCGAGAAGUGAUCUCGAGAGGAAACCACAGGGAAGUCAACCGGAAAUCAUCAGUACUUCGUUCUUCACGCGAGCUUCUGCGAUUCAAUGCGAGGGAUGGAGAUGGUCAUUAAAGAUCGUUGGCUCAGCCUACAGCGGUGAUGAGACAAAAAGGGUGAUUCUUGUAGCAGAAGAUAUCGAUCAAUCGAGAGUUGUCGACUAUCUCUUCGCGAUUUGCGACGAGACGAAAGUGUUGAGAUCGGUGUCUGGGAGGAAGAAUUUCUCGAAAACGAGGGACUCGGUCGAGUUGGCUUUGAAACACAAAGACGGGGAUUUACCGUUUCACGAGGUGAUUCGCGAGUCAUCUCUCUUUGUGAAUGGACGUGAAUUGCAUGUGCAACUCAUGUUGAAACCGGCUGAU